UAGUUAGUUUAAUCGGCCGGCCUCUGCCAGUAUCGGUUACAUGUGCUUUCCACGUCAGAGCAUGUAUCCGCUAAUGGGCUACACGCAUAAAACACAUGGGCAGCGUCAACAAAAAUUAGGAUAACAACAAACAAAACAUAAAAUCCACGCACUGCUGCGUAUAAACAAAACAAAAUUUUCUACAAAAACCUGAGAAAUUAGGCAGGCAGUCAUACAUCCAAUUGGAUCGUUUUCACCCUUGGUUUUCAAUUUGAUUUGAUUUAUUCUUUUCGUCGCUCUUACUUGCAUUUAAGAUUAAUAUAAUUUCUCCCUUUAUCUUUCCCUAAAACUCUCUCUGAUUUUUCUGUAAUGUUUGGAUUAGAUUGUAGAGUUUGUAAGAUUCCUCCGAUUUUUGGGAUUGUCACAGACAGAUCAAAUGUAGAUCGUCAUCGUACUUCACUAGUGUUUAAUUCGUCUACUUCUUCUAUUAAUUUUUGUGGUUGUUGCUGUUCAUCAUCGUCUUCUUCUUCAUUGUCACUUCAAUUAGGUUGUUGUUCUUCUAGAAAUAGACUAAGAAAUAAAUCUAAUUGUAAUCGUAGUAUAUUGAAAACUAUAAUUUCCUGUAAAGCUUCUUCCUCUGGUAAUAACUCUAGACGUAGAUCAGGUUUUGGUGAUGAACGUAAUGAUGAUGAUUAUGUUCAAGCGUUUCUCUUAUAUUCAGAAACUAUCAGACACUACCAAUUACGGAAACAAGGGUUUGUAGAAGAGACAAAGUUAUCUCCGUUUUCAACUCAAGCACAGUACUUUACACCUAAUACUACCAUAGGACAUGGGUUUCUUCGACGUUUUCAGAAUCCUACAGUUUUUCUUAAGAUUGCCUGCGAUGGGGAUUUGUUACUACCGAUUGCUGUCGGGGAUUCUGCAAUUCAGAAUCUUAUAGAUGUCUCAAGAGAGGAUGAGAAUGCGGAUCUUCCGAGCCAAUUCCAGUUGAUUAAAAAUCUUGGGUUAAAACUUGGAUACGAGAUAUUAAUGGUACGGAUUACAGAGAGAGUUGUUAAUACGUACUAUGCCAAAAUAUUUUUCAGAAAGCCAGGGGAAAAAAUUGUUCUAAGUGUGGAUGCACGGCCAUCAGAUGCCAUAAAUGUUGCAAAGAGAUGCAAGGUUCCAAUUUUCGUAAACAAGCAAAUUGUCUUGACAGAUGCUACUAAAAUUGUUUAUGGUGCUAGGAGACGAAGUUACUCGAAAACAGCUUAUGACGUAUAUUUGGACAGUGCCGCGGAAGGGCCAGAUUUACUCUCUGAGGAGCUUGAUCUUCUUAAGAAUAUGAAUUUAGCUGUCAAGGAGGAAAGAUAUAAAGACGCAGCACUAAUGAAAUUCAAGCUCACAAAGCUCCGCUCAUCUGGACUUUGAAUUAAGCUAUAUUGAAGGUGCACACUCUUGCCUUAGUUGAAGUAUUAGGGGUAGAGAAAACUGCAAAAGGAAGAUGGUGUGUAGAUUAAAUAUAAAAUCAUAUAUGUACUGGCUAGACUAAUGUAAUCAGCUAUCUAAUUUGUGAUAAGAGUGUCAUCAACAAAUCUACUUUUACAUAUUGCAACCUCACAUGUACAUAUUAACUUAUGUGAUAAAGACCGAAUUUUGUUAUGUGGCACAGCUCUGAUGAAAUUAUCAAAUAUUUAUCAUUCGUCUUA